AUUGUCAAGAUAAGAUUCGCUACUGAUGUGGCUUUUAAAUCCUGAAUUUCCACUUCAAACGAUGGCUGAUUCGUGAUAAUUGUUUAGUUUUAGUUCAGCCAUGGCUUAUCAAACCUUACGAAAUGAAUAUAUACAUAUGCCCCCCGUAACGAGGGCGUAUACGACAGCAUGUGUGAUAACAACUCUAGCUGUGCAAUUGGAGCUAGCGUCGCCCUUUCAACUCUAUUUCAACCCUAUUCUGAUACUAAAACAGGGACAAAUAUGGCGAUUAAUAACGACAUUCCUGUUCUUUGGAACUUUCGGAUUCAAUUUCUUUUUCAACAUGAUAUUUACGUAUAGGUAUUGUCGAAUGCUUGAGGAGGGGUCGUUUAGGAAUAGAACAGCUGAUUUUGUGAUGAUGUUUUUAUUUGGUGGACUGUGUAUGAUUAUUUUUGCGUUUUUUGUUAAUUUAUUAUUUCUGGGGCAAGCUUUUACGAUAAUGUUGGUGUAUGUAUGGUCUAGACGAAAUCCAUACGUGAGAAUGAAUUUCUUCGGUCUUCUUAAUUUUCAAGCACCUUACCUACCAUGGGUGUUGCUAGGGUUUUCACUUCUUUUAGGUAAUGCGGUGUAUGUGGAUUUGAUGGGAAUUGCGGUUGGUCAUAUUUAUUAUUUUAUGGAAGAUGUUUUUCCAAACCAAAGAGGGGGAUUUAGGAUACUGAGGACUCCACACUUAUUACAAACACUGCUUGAUGAACUACCAGAGGAUACAGAUUAUGUUCCACCCCCUGAGGAAAGACCAGGGGGUUUCGAGUGGGGUAACCAGAAUGAGGAGGUUAAUAAUCCUCAAGAAAAUCGUCAGUGAUACUAACCUAGCGUACAAUUUCCGUGUCUCAAGCCAGUGUAAAUUACCCUCACAUAAAUUAAUUUGUAUACUUGUUUAAUAAUAAAAGAAUUUAUCUUA